CAGCCCACCCCCACCCCUCUCCUCAGUCGGGGCGACAUGUGGCUGUGAGGCUUGGGCCUCGUAUUUCCGCAGUGAGUGGAGUCCUUUCGGCGGGCGGUUGUCGGUGUCGGCGCGGGGGGAAGCUGGGAUUGACCUUUGAGUCGGUUAUCCGCGGCGGCGACGAUGAUCACAUGAGAGCCGAGAGGGACUGAGCUUGGAGCCCGGAGCGAGCGAGACAAGAGAGCGGGGCCUCGGACUGGGUUCUGCAUUAUCAACUGUGAGUAAAAGAUGGGAGGGAAGAAAUUACCAGAAACUGCACCAGCUCCAGAUAAGGAUCAAGAUUUUGGUGGUGAGGGUGAACAAGAAUGUGCUGAUAAUGGGGUGUUGGCUGAAACAACAACUGAUCAAGUUAACUGGUGUCCUAUCUGCCUGAACCACUUUGUGGACCAAGAAGUAGCUGUUCCUGAGAGCUGCUGUCACAUUUUUUGCCUGAGGUGCAUUCUUGCUUGGGCUGAAAAAAGAAACUGCUGCCCAAUAGACCGUAAGCCCUUCAAUCUGGUUUACAAACGAGACAACGUAAAGAGUAAUGUAAAGAUCCCAAUCAAGCAGAACUUCAAUAAAACUUCAAGAGAACAGAAGGCAUGCAGCAAUGAAGAGCAUUGUCAAAGUAUCACAAGAGGAGAAGUUUCUUUGAAUGAUGCGUUUUCCACAUGCUUAAAGGAAAAAUGUAAAAGAUGCUGUGCUGCUUGGCAACAAACAGACUUUUGUGACAUACAAAGCAUGCUGAUCACAGGCUGUGACAAAAAGAACAGAACUUCCAAGCAACAUAAAAAUAAGAUCAACAGAAAAGCAUGUUGCCAGCCAUGUUUAAGGAAUGAUCUGAACAAUUUCUCUCCACAACAUGGGAAGUCAGAGAUGUUCAAUUUCGAGGCUGAAAACUGCACAGUGUUCGUUGACGUGUGUGAAAUGACACCCCUAAUCAGACAGAAAAGAAGAGGACCAGAAUCACUUAGACCCCUGUGGCAUCCUGCUUCCACUGCUGUUACAACAGGAAUGUUGAGAUACGGUGUAGACUCCAUUUCUCUUGAAUAUGAUGAAGCAGCAACUGCUGUCCUGCAGCAAGAUCUGAUGUCAGAAACUGUGUUUCCGUCAAACCCAUUUGCACUGGGACGUUCUGUUCAUUUUCCUGGCAAGGUGUGUGCACUUGCAGGCACCAGAGGAGGUGGAGAGAAAAAGAAUCUGUCUGGAGCAUCUGGUAGUACUAAUGCAGGGAAUAAUGAAAAGACUCCAGGCAGAAGAAGAUCAAUGCGCAUCAGUAAUGCAGAAAAAUUGGAUAAAUCUGCCAGCUCUGCUCAGCGCUCUCAGUCAAGCUCCAGUGCCUCAGGUCCUACAACAUCCCCAGAAUGUGCAAGAACGCCACCCAAAAGGGGUGGAAAGCAAAAGUCAAAAAGGAAACUGGAGACUGAACAAUAUAAAACUCCCCCUGAUAAAAAGAAGACCAGAGUUACGCGUAGCUCCUGUAAGAAAUCAAGUCCUAGUAGUUCGGAUCCUAAUGAUAGUCCUUUUGUCAGUGAAACCGAAUAUCAACCUCAACCUGCUCUCUCUGCUGAAGAGCCGUUGAGCAAUCUGGAUAAUAGUGAUGCAAGCCAUUCGUCGUCUAAUGAUUGCGGUGAUCGCAUCACUUCAGUAGAGAAGGAGAAUGAAAAAGAGCGUGAUCAUGUAGAAAAUAAAAAUUCACCUGUCAGUGAAGAGGACUGUGCAUCAAACAUUGACCAGAUUAAUAUUGAAGUCUCAGGAAACUCAAAUCUUCCACCGACUACUGAUGAUAAAAAUUGUGGAAGUUGUGUGGAACCUAACUCAGGUAAUUCAGCAGAAAACAGUGACACAGAAUUUAUUGAAAAGGAACAGAGUAAUUCAAAAAAUGGAAUUUGUUCUCUCAGCAAAGAGGUAUCUCAUAUGGAUGUGACUAUCAGUGAUCAAAGCAUAGGCCAAGCAGAAUAUCUUGAGAGUCCAUCAAAUGAAGGUAUUGCUGAUGUGGGAAACAAGGCACUUGUAGAUGAUCAAAAUUCUGAACACUCUAAAGUGGUAGAAUUCGGAGAAAGAACGAACAAUACUUGUGAGGAUGAUACUGGGAAGCAAUCUACUGUUGAAAGCCCAGAAAAAUAUGUUGAAGAUAUCCAUUCCAAGGGUAUAAUGUCUUCAAAGAAUAUUAAUUCUGAGCAGUUAGAGGAAACAGUUUCUGUAAAAGUUGAAGAGGAUCUAGAUCAAGCUCAUCAUACAUCUGAUUGUAAAAGUACUGUUGCUACCGAAUCAUCUGUUGAAAUUCCUGGAAAGUUCACUGAGGAUAGUGAUCUGAUGAGGGAAAUGUCUUUAGAGAAUAUCAAACCUGAUUUGUUUAAAAAAAUAGGUUCUCUGAAAAAGCUAAGUACUGAAGAAACACCUGAUUCUAAAGUAAUUGGGCAGCAGUACACAGAUACUCCUGAAAUGUUUUUAGAAGACAACUAUCCAGAGAGUGAAGUAGCCUUGGAAAAUAUAAAACUGAAGCGGUCUGAUACAGAUUCCACUGAAGUUUUAGCUUUUCAUGAGCAAAUAUCUGAUUGUAAGGUUGGUAUCAAUCAGCAGUCUUCAGUUAAAGACCCUCAUAAGUUUGUGGAGAAUGACAAUGUGAAAAGUGAGAUUAGCUCAGGGAAUAUUGAACCUCAGCAGUUUGAGAUGGACCAGGAGAAAAUUUCAAGUGAACCGUCACAGGCAGCUGUUCGUAAAGAUGAUAUUGCUCACAAGUUACAUGAUGAAAUUCCUGGAAAAACUACAGAAAGUGAAAGCCUAAAACAUGGAAUCUUCAAUGAAUCCGAUUUCAAUCAAGUGACUCUAGAGAGAGACAAUACCAAUAAUGAUAAAAGAACCAAAUCUGAGUUGUUAAUUGAUGGGGCUGGCUGUGGUGGUGCUGAGGACUUUAAUUUGGAUAACAAUGAAGUAGUGGCUAUGGAAUGCGAUUCACCCAUCAAUGACCAUCAAAUGGCUGUAGCUGAACUUGAAUCUCAAAAAGCAACAAAAGAAAAUGAAGCAAGUUCUGCUUUAUCCUCUGACCCUAGUCCCACUGCAUUGCUGCCAGAUGUCACUUUUGAAAAUACCAAUAACGAGAACACAGGACAAGGACUUCCUGAAAUUGAACUUAAGAGAACAGUAGAACAGAAAGGAAAAGACGUACCGCGCCGCAAGUCUAGGUUCCAUCCAGCGUCCACGACUUGGUCUCCUGAAAAGGAAAGAAAACGUGAACGGAAAAGAUCCAGGUCCAAAUCCCAGGGACGAUCUGGGUCUGGCUCCCAGCCACAAGUAAGAUCUAGUUCCAGAUCACGGGGCAGAUCCAGUUCCAGGUCACGAGGAAGGUCCAGAUCCAAGUCACAAGGUAGAUCCCGGUCUAGGACCAUAUCGCAUGGAAAGUCCAGGUCCAGGUCACGAGGAAGAUCCAGGUCCAGGGCCAGGUCACGAGGAAGGUCCAGGUCCAGAUCGCGAGGAAGGUCCAGGUCCAGGUCUAGGUCCAGGUCGCGAGGAAGGUCCAGGUCCAAGUCACGGGGAAGGUCUAGGUCGCGUGGAAGAUCACCAGGAAGGCCCAGAUCUUUGGGUAAAGACCAUCAUAGUCACUCGGAUAGACCUGUGCAUGAAAGAAAUCGCUCAAAAGGAGAAGAUGGGGACCGGAGCAACCAAACGUCUCCAUCUUCUAGGAAAAGGUCCAGAUCUCCCAGUAAAGAGAGAGAUAAAGAAGAACUUGGAAGUGAAACUGAGAAGAGGAACCCUGAAGUAGAUAGAGGAAGAAAAGACAGACCGCGCUCUAGGUCAAGAUCUAGAUCUAGAAAAAGAUAUUAUUCUGGAGACAAAGAAGAGAAACCUAGUUUUUCUCCAGGCAGAAGAGACAGAUACAUCGAUGACACCUGGAGAAAUAUUCGAGGAAAGGACAGACCCAGAAUGAAUGACUGGGAGAGGCCAAGAGGUUAUGAUAGAUUCAGAAAGAAUAAUAGGAGUAGAGAAUUCCCACAGCCUAAUAGAUAUCCAGAUGAACAGUCAACUUCUAGUGAGUAUGUAGAUGAUCGGAAUCCUGAAUGGGUAGUGGAACAAGUCCAGGCAUCUUCUGAUGUCAGUAUGAGAGAAAAUGACUACAGGAAUGAUACUAAAUGGGAAGAAAAUAGAUAUGAAAGAGAUGACUCUUGGGGUAAUAGGAACUUUGGUUGGAAGCGUGGUCGUGGGCGUUUCCGGGGAGGCUCCUUUCAUGGUGACCAAAGUGAAUUGCCAUGGCAGAACCGAAGGUCAAAUUUCUCAGGCGAGCAAAAUAAUUCAGGGAAAUUUUAUCAAGGAAGUGGACCCCGUCGACAUAAUGACCAUCAACAAAAUAGAUGGCGAGGUGAAUCAAAUGCAUCUUCUGAGGCCCGUGACCGUUCUGGAUGGUCAUCUUUCUCCAGUUGGAAUGCAAGGAAGACCCUGCCAGCUGAUGUUCAAAAUUACUAUGCCAAUAGGGGAAGGCAGGCUUCAAGCACGCAGUCAAGCUGGAGAGGAACUGAUGAGGAACAAUACCAGGCUUCAACAGAGCCAGAUUCAUCGCAUGGAGUGCCAGGAUUCAAUGAUCAAGCAAAUCAACAAAUGAAUGGUUCUCAGCAGCCAGUUAAUAUAAUGCAUCCACCUGUUUUACCCCAGCCAAUGAAUGCACCCCCUCAGCCAAUGAAUGCACCCCCUCAGCCAAUGAAUGUCUUUCCAUUUCCAAUGAGCGUCCACCCACCACCUCCGCUAAUGCAUUUUCAUCCAUACAUCCACCCUCCUCCUCCGCUGAACGUGCAUGCAGGACUCCCUGCAGUGCAACCAACUGGAGCUGGAAACCUGCCUAACAGCCCGCCUCCGCCACCACCUCCACCUCCACCAGCCCAAACGGUGAACUAUGCGAUUCAGCAACAUGACAUGGCACAAUCUCAAGUCAUCCCCACUCCAUGUAAUGUUUCAGAGGUAGAUGUGCAAAGUAGUGCUGCCACUGUACCCAGUACAGCUGGAGAGCCCGGCAAGGCCAUGCAACUUCCACUUUCUAUAGAUGUCUCCCCUUCAACCUUUCAGUCCGUUCAACAAGUCUUUGCAACUCUUUCAACUUCAAAGCCUGCAGUGGAAAAAGAAAGCUUGAAGGAAGAAUUUGAAACAGAAAAGCCCAAAAAGGACAAGGCAAGUCCUGCAGAAUCGAAAUGUACAAUUCAAGAAAGGGCUGUAGAAGAAGUGAAACUAGCCAUCAAGCCUUAUUACCAAAAGAAGGAGAUUACCAAGGAUGAAUAUAAAGAAAUUGUCCGCAAGGCCGUCGAUAAGGUUUGCCACAGCAAGAGUGGUGAAGUCAUCCCAGGAAAAGUAGCCAAUUUGGUAAAAGCAUAUGUAGAAAAAUACAAACAUGCCAGGAAAGGGAACCCAAAGCAAAAUCCGGAGGAAUGCAGUAUCAUUGGGAACAAAUCUUUUUAAACAAUAAAAGCUGUAGCUGAUUGGUUACCAGUGUUAACGUGAGCUCAAAAUAGAAUGAUGAGUAGGAACUUUGUUAUCUAUUGGUUCAAUUUUUUUUCCUUACAAAAGAUUAGGUGUUUUUCUAAAAUUGAAACAUUUGAAACAACACAAUAACGUGAAAUGAAAGCAUGCUGUCGUUAGUUAUUUGGAGUUGUAAGGAUACUUAAUAUGAUCUGUCCUGGCCCCUCACGUGGGUUGUCACUAGAUCAGUUGUAUAAAAUGUGAUAUUUGUUAGAUGAUUUCCUAAUGUAUCAAAUUAUCUCAAUGAAUUUCUUUUUUGUUAACUCUAGUUAAGUGUUUUUGUAAACCGUUUGUAUGCUGUACAAAAGCUUCCAGGUUUAACUGGAAGGAUCUGGAUCAUGUAGAAGCACUAAAGACUGGCAUCUGAGGCUGAUCAGCUGUUUUAGUGCAUAUAAGGUCUAAACAAAGAUAAUUGCUUAACACUUCUAGAACUGUUGCUCAGUGGGAAAUGUUUGAUAAAAGAUUUGAUUCUAUAGUUUCAUUUUUGAGAAAAGCAGAAAAGAAUGGUUAAAAUGUCAGGAGUAUUCUGUAAUACUUGCCCAACACAGCAAAAUAAAUUUUCUGCUGCUUGUCAAA